UUUUAAUUAAACUAUAUAUAUUAAUCUAUUGAGAACCAUUUUUUCACCGGAAGUUUGAAACCGGAACACGUGUUGGUCUGUUUUGAAAGUGUAACUUCCAACAAAAACUUCGUGAAUGCUGUAAUUAUUCAUAAAAUGUAGAUAACUUUACGAUAGUACAAAUUUAAUCUGGAAAUUAUGAUUCACCAAUUAACUCGAUCACUCAUUAUAAAUCGACAUGCUAAGAAAAUCUAUAAUAUUUUGAAAACUUCUUAUAGCGGGUCUUGCUGGAAGGAGUUAAAUGUACAUUUACUUACCAAUAAUGAUAUGUGGCAGGAGAGACCCAAUCCUAUAAAAAUUAACGCAAAAUAUAUCGACACUGGCCAUGAACUGCCAGUCGGGGUUAAAUUGAAACACCCAAAUGUGCUCCUCCUUCCAAACAUCCCCGGUGAUAAAUCGGAUUUAAGAAGGUUGGCAGAAAAGUUUCAUGAAAAUCACUGCAGAGUUAUUAUCCCAGAUUGGCCUUUGUUCGGAGGGUCACGGAUAGAAAGUAGAAUAGAUAGGAAAUUUUUCAACUUUGAAACCGAAGAACUAGCACUAUACGUGUUAAAUUUUCUGAACAAUAUAUCCAUUGAUAGGAUAGAUUCCAUUGUUUGUCAUGGAAAUGCAAUAGCAGCUGGUUUAACACUUGCAACUCAAAUUAGGAAUUCAAUGCGAUUAAAACAAUUUACAUCCAUUUUACCACCAAAUAUAUUUUCUUUCGAUGAUAGUGAAUCAAAAAAGACUAAAGAAAAACUGGAACAAUAUUUAGAACUUCCACAAACUACACAUAUUGAAUGCUACAACGACAUCGAUUUGGCAAAGAAACAAUCACACUCGUUAGUAUUCCAUAAAGAGUCUGGAGCUAUACUAGAAGAUGAUUUAUGCUUAAAUAUUAUCAUGAAAAUGCAUUCAGAACUUGAUAAAGAAUAA